AUGAACCAAAACGACAAUUCAAAAAUAAAUGUUGGCUUCCCGUUAAGUCCGGAGAACCGAAAAAAGUAUCAAGAGGGGGUAGAUUACAAAAUCGAGGAUAAGGGAGGCGGAUUUAAAAAAUAUAUCAUUCUUUCUGAAAAGUUGCUAGCGGAUUUUCGAAGAUUUAAUAGAGGGCAAGAUUUGGGAAACAAUAAUAUUGUUACUGAACAAAGUGGCAAGGUCUUAUCAGAAAAUCCCGAAAAAUUAGUUAGGCAAAUAAAAGAAGAAAUUGAAAAACACCGACAAAAAUUCAUUGCCGAAAAUAAUCCGCCUAAUUUUCAAAAAACUUAUAUUCCUCUCUUUGAUGCCAACGACCCGAAAGACUUACAUAAUUGA